AUGAGUGGACUACAGACUCCACAAGAGCUGGAGGAGAAUUUGCGGCAAUAUCGGGAGCAGCUGGCACAAGUGGAGCAGCUACUCAUGAUGGGCAGCGACGAGGAGAUGCCUGGACAGGACCUGCAGGACAUGUAUCAAAGCCUGACAGAGGCGAGUUACGGAGUGGCAACUUCUAGUGCCGCAACGUUAACUGUUGCGGCAGGGCACGCCUUUGCAAAAGCAGUUGGGACAAACGCCGACGUGGUCCUAGCGCUUGCCGCCGCAGCGGAUGGCGACGCUGCAGGCCCUGUGGCCAAAAUCGUCACGCCUCCGGAGCUGAACUUGCCAGCCAUCCUGCCGGCAUCGGUGGCGGAGCAAAUCCGUAAAGCGCAGAUUCGCGCUGCGUUGACGGGUCAAGCGCCUGGGGAAUGGGCUAUUGGCGCGCAAUGCCAAGCUGUGUACAGCGCGGACGGCGAGUACUACGACGCGACGGUGGAGGCUGUCUCUGAGGCUGGCAACUUCAUCGUCGUGUUCGAUGGGUACGGCAACAAGGAAGAGGUGGGGUUGACGGGGGUACGGCCGCGGCCCAGCGCGGACGAGGGCUACCGCGGUGUGGCAGCGCCGAAGCGGAAGCGCGUCGAAGAGGAGCCGGUCGUGACGGAAAUCCCCAAGUGGCUGGCCAUUAAGGAGACGGACGAUGAGAAGACCAAGGCGCGCAAGAAGAAACUGCUCAAGAGUUUCAAGUCCAAGAUCCGGUUCCAGAACAUGGACCUGGCGCAGAAGCAGAAACAGGACACUUGGCAGUCGUUCUUGAAGGGCAAGGGCAGCAAGAAGAAGACCGGCUUCUUAACAGGCGAGUAA